CACAGAAGCACAAUAGAUUCACACUUCCCAUGUAGCUCAACCUUGUUUGAUUUAGAUUUUCUACAAUAUAUAGGAUUUUUCAACUGAUGAUAGACAAACUAAUGUGAAACUUCCUGAAUACUAAUUACAUAUUAGAUACAUAUUGGAUAUCUUUGCAUACACGUCUACUGCCAGUGGGGCAUAUUUAAAUCCAAGGUCGUUUAAUGCGUGUAAUCAGUAGUGUGCCGGAAUUCAAGGAGACUUUGCGCAGCUGCUCUAAAUCUGGGAAUAUUUUGAUAGUGGAUUUCUAUGCAGACUGGUGCGGACCAUGUCGUUAUAUUGCGCCUCAUUUUGAGGCACUGUCUGCAGAGUAUCAACCAAAAAACUUCGUAUUUCUAAAAGUGAAUACGGAACAUUGCAGAGAACUUUCUCGACAAGAAGGCAUAUCUGCUUUGCCAACUUUUAAAUUGUAUCAGGAUGAGCGUUGUGUUCGAACAAUUGUCGGUUAGUUACACUUAAAUGACAUCGGGUUUAAAACCUGGCUUUAGGCGGCAAUCUCAGCAAAUUACGAGCUGUUCUGGAUGAAUUUUCGCUAGAUUACUCGCUCAUACAACUUAAGCUUCAUGAAAAUAAUGAAGAGAAAAUGCGGGCUUUUGAAUGUUUGCAUAAGAUUAUGAACAAGAUCUUGACCAAUCCUCAAGACGAAACUUGUCGCCGGGUUACUUUGACGAGUACUGAUUUCACUGAGACUUUACUAGUCAUCCCUGGAUGUAUGGACUUCUUAUUUUCUGCAGGCUUUCAGGAGGCAGAUGAUGCCUUUGUCUUGCCUAUUACAGCUGAUCUCAGUCAAUCAAGAAAGCUGCUUAACCAGCUGAAGUCAUGUUUGCCAUCUAUUAAUGCUGCAAAAUCACAACAUGAGACUAUGGAGUUGACAAAUUCAGAAUUAAACUUUAUAGAUAAAAUGCUUACUUAUCGGAAUUUUGUCUUAAACUAUAUGGAUCCUGAGUUACAGAAACAGGCACGUGAAUUAAUUCCUAGUGAACAGCUCCUAUUAUCUGCUUGUCAAAAUAAUGGUUGUUCUCAGGAUGAAGUGAAGCCUGAAGACUUUCUUCGCGAAUUAAUGUCUUGGUUCAAGAGUGAAUUCUUUAAAUGGGCUGAUAAUUUUGAGUGUCAAACAUGUGGGAGUAAAAUGGUUUCCCAUUCGGUAGAUCAACCUCGUCAGAAUACCAAUGAAAUGGAUGGUAAUGCAAAUGUAGUCGAAGUCUAUGUAUGCAAAACAAAUCGUCAACAUCCAACUUAUCGAUUUCCACGAUAUAACAAUCCGAGAAAAUUACUUGAAACUCGUCUUGGCCGAUGUGGUGAAUGGGCAAAUUGUUUUGCUUUAUUUAUUGUCUCAGCUGAACGUUCAUCGCAUCAACCAUGGUUUGAUGCGUGUCGUUUUAUCAUGGAUUGGACAGAUCAUGUUUGGUGUGAAGUCUGGUUAGAGGAUAAACACUCUAAACGUAAACGUUGGAUGCAUUGUGAUCCAUGUGAAGGUCAACUAGACAAACCGUUGUUAUAUGAAUCAGGAUGGAAUAAAAAAGUGAAUUAUAUUCUGGCGUAUACAGUGCCACCAUCACCACCACCACGUCAAAUAUCCAGGAAUCAAUUAACAUCUAUUGAUAUACAAGAUGUGACCUGGAGAUAUACACAACAUUUUUCAGAGGUACGGUCACGUCGUAAUUUAAUUAGAGAGUCUGUAUUAGCCGCGAAACUGGCGAAUAUUCACAAAGAUGCUGUACAAAGCUGGUCAUCAAUUCCCGACGCGACAACACGUAGUGAUGAGAAUCCAUUUUCUUGGAAAUCGAUUCUCAGCGAACUGAUAUCAUUUUUACAUCCACCAAAAUCAACUGGUCAGCUUCCAGGUCGUCAGACUGGAUCAUUAGAAUGGCGUGCAGCACGUGGCGAAUUAGGCCAGCAGGUAUCUGGAUCAGUGGAAUCUCCAACUAAAGGAUCCAAGUAUAUUAUUCGUCCAUCUGAUACUGAACUGAAAAGUGGAAUAUUUCAUCUACGUUAUAAUUCAGCGUUGAAUAUUUAUGAACGUCCUUCAUACAAUAAAACAAAUACCAAUGAAUCGAGUAGUGGUGGUAAUAAUUGUUCAACAAGAGUUAAACAACAACAAAAACAACAAGAAGCAUCAUCGAAAUUAAUUGAAAAUGCACGAAAAAGUGGUCUGUUUGGAUGGCAGUCUUUAGUUUAUGAAUGGAAGAAUAUUUUUCGAAAGGUUGAAUUGGAUUGGCAUAUGGUUUAUUUAGCUCGUGAAGAAGACAGUAACCCAACUGAUGAGGGUAUAAUCACAUGGAUGUUAGAUUUAAGAGAUACUGGUUAUGUAGUUGACAAAAUAUCGUUAUUUACAAAUAUGGUCUGCCAUUCAUCGGAUAGUCAUGCUCACUUUGUCCUAUGCUCUGGAGAAUAUCCUUCAGAUGGACAAGUAGACAAGCAAUGCGAAUCAACAGAAUCUGUACCAAAAUCUUGUAUAUGUCUUCAACCCGGCUCAGCAUCAUUAUUCAAUUCAGACGCUAUGAAGGGUUCAGAUUUCCUUUGUUUAAAAGCACGUCUUUGGAAUGAUGAUAGCGCUGCGAAGUCAUCUUCUUUAGCGUGGCAACAAGCUCAAUUAUUUCGACAAAAGGAUAAUGAUUUUGAUACUUGGUCACUAGAAUGGAAGGUUGUAUUGAUAAAAAAGCAGUCGAAGAAGGAAUAGCAAGAAGGUGGUACAAGGAGGAAGCAGGGGGGAAGAAGUGAAGCCGAGAUUACUGACUUUUAGCUUAACAACAUUUACUAACACCAUGUCAUCAUUGGAUUUCUUUUUCUUUUCUUUUUUUUUAAAAGACUUAUUUUGUUUAUUUCAUUCUAUUUUAAUUAGCAUAGAAAUGCUGUGAUGAACAGUCUCAAGUUGUGCUUUGUGAAUUUCUGCAUGUUAUAAUAAUAAUAAUAAUAAUAGUGAUAGAAUAUAAUAUAGGGAACAAUACAUUUCUAUGAGGGGAUAGACAAACUGAUGAAACAUUUCCAGGGUGUGUUCCCUAAUUUUUCUCGCUCAUUUUCAUCAUUUUUUGUGAUCAUUAUUUGUUAUUUUAUUUCAUGUUUUUUAUCUUUUGUUCUUGACAUGCUUGAAAAUGUUCUGUUUUUAUUUUUAACGUGUUUGUUUAUCUAUCUCGUUUUUUUGGGGGGAGGGGGCAGAGGCCUUCGUCUCCCUCUCUCUCUCUCUCUCCCUCCCGAAAAGUGAGGUAGAGAGUGGGUAAAGAGGUGGACUAAGUUCAAAUAGGAGAAAAAUAUAAUUUUGUGAAGGAGAGGUGGGAAAAGUGGGAAAUUUUAAAUUGCGAAAUGCAUGUAUUACGAUUUUACACGAUCUUUGAUUUUUUUGAAAUUAGAUGACAAAUUGGAUAUUGGUUAGAGAAAUACUGAAAAAAAAAGUAUCAGGGAGUGUUGGACAGCUGUUUUGUUACAUAGUUGUUUGUAACUCUUCAACAGUAUUCAAAGAUUCCCCCCACUCUCUCCCACUGGUGGUUUCGCAGAAGUUGGAAUUAAUGGGCCCCAGUAAUUUAGUGGUCUACGAGUCUGCCUUGUAGUAACUGGAAGGUCGUGGGUUCGAACCCUGGUAGGCGUGUACUGCUGAAAUGUCCCAUACUAGGAUAAAACAGCUGUUCAAUACUCCUUGGCUUUCAAUACAGAUGAUUCUUGGUGCUGAUUUUCUGUGAGAGGUCGGUGUGAUAAUUAUCAUGAAGGAGAGCGAAAUGAGUAUGAAGUGCGGACCUGUUGGCAUGCAUGAGACAAGCGAGAUAGUAGGGGUUAAGGCGUCGAAAGCACAGAAUAUGACUGUGUUAAUUACAGAAUGCGAUCACUGAUUAUUGGGACUCCUACGGUUAUUAUGGUAAGGUGAAGCAUGAAAUUCCACUGAGUAAUCACAAAAUGGCACCAUUCACAACUCAAAGAAUCUCGGGUCAUUUAGAAGGCGAUAUCGAGCUACAAGUCAACGGGAUGUUACAGGAUGAAGAAGCUGACAGUCCGUUUAACUCUUCAGUUCUUUUGGUGAGGAAAGCGAAUAGGAAGUGCAGAUUGUGCAUCGAUUUCCGACGGCUAAACAGCAUGACUGAUCUGAGACCGUUUGGCAUUCCUUGGGUCGUCUACAAAGUGCUUGACCUCCGGUCAGGAUAUUGGCAGAUACCGACAAAAUAGAGAUAAGAGGGCGUUUACCAUGGGUCAGAAAUGGUAUUGACUCCAUUUCGGAUAAGAUUUUAUUUUGAUAAAUCACACUGUGUUGUGCAGUAAUAUUAACUGAUGACGUUUCGAGCACAAACUAUUUCUCAUAAUCAUAUCAAGUUGAUAGUUGAAGAAUUCACUUCCCGUUUGCAACAGCUGGGUAUCAGGAAGAUUCGAACAACACCAUAUCAUCCCCAAACGAAUGGUCUAACAGACAGAAAUAACCGUACACUGAAGAAGUGGCUGGCCUAUAAGGGAGGUGACUGGGAAACAGA